CACCAAAGUCCGAAACCAACCAAAAUCCUACAUGAAAGUUUCAACCUUUUAGGGAUUUCAAGUAGUCACCCUUCUCCUAAUGACCCCUCCUCUGCUUCCAAGGCAUGUAACCGCAGUUAUAAAAUGCCAAAGAGAUCCUCUCAAAGCCUUAAAGAUCUUCAAUUCGAUGAAACAAGAAGAUGGUUUCAAGCACACUCUAUCCACAUACCGCAGCGUGAUUGAAAAACUCGGCCUUUACGGCAAAUUCGACGCCAUGGAACAGGUUCUUGUCGAAUUAAGACAGAAUCUCUGUAACCACAUGCUCGAAGGUGUUUACGUUGGUGUAAUGAAAAGCUACGGUAAGAAAGGGAAAGUCCAAGAAGCUGUGAAUGUAUUCGAAAGGAUGGAUUUUUAUGAUUGUGAGCCGACGGUUUUCUCUUAUAACGCUAUUAUGAGUGUGUUGGUUGAUAGUGGCUACUUUGAUCAAGCUCACAAGGUGUAUAUGAGGAUGAGGGAUAGAGGAAUCACGCCUGAUGUGUAUUCUUUUACCAUUAGGAUGAAGUCUUUUUGUAAGACGAGGAGGCCUCACGCUGCUUUGAGGCUUCUUAACAAUAUGUCUUCUCACGGUCAUGGGUGUGAGGUGAAUGUGGUUGCUUAUUGUACUGUUGUUGGUGGGUUUUAUGAGGAGGGGUUGAAGGAUGAGGCGUUUGCGUUGUUUGGGAGGAUGGUUGGUUCUGGUGUUACGCUUUGUAUCAGUGCGUUUAAUAAGGUUUUGCAUGUUCUUUGUAAGAAGGGAGAUGUUGAAGAGUGUGGGAAGUUACUAGAGAAGGUUAUUAAAAGAGGAUUGGUGCCGAAUUUAUAUACUUAUAAUUUUUUUAUUCUAGGGCUUUGUCAGAGAGGUGAGGUUGAUGGUGCUGUACGUAUGGUGGGGUGUAUGAUUGAGAAUGGACCAAAACCUGAUGUGGUCACUUAUAAUAAUCUGAUAUGUGGGUUAUGUCAGAGUUUGAAGUUUGAGGAGGCUGAGUUUUACUUAGGGAAGAUGGUGAAUCAAGGGCUUGAGCCUGAUGGUUUUACUUAUAACACACUAAUAGCUGGCUAUUGUAAAGGUGGGAAGGUGCAGCUUGCGGAGAGGAUUCUAGGUAAUGCUGUUUUCAAUGGGUUUGUGGCUGACGAGUUUACGUAUAGGUCCUUGAUUGAUGGAUUGUGUCAGGAAGGUGAAACAAACCGUGCUUUAGGCUUGUUUAAUGAGGCCUUAGGGAAAGGAGUUAAGCCUAGUGUGUUUCUUUAUAACACACUGAUCAAAGGGUUGUGUAAGCAUGGUUUGAUCCUUGAGGCUGCUCAGUUAGCGAGUGAAAUGUCUGGGAAGGGUUUGGUUCCAGAGGUGCAGACUUUUAACAUACUGAUUAAUGGAUUGUGCAAGAUGGGAUGUGUUUCUGAUGCUGAUGGACUUGUUAAAGUCAUGAUCUCCAAAGGGUACUUUCCUGAUAUUUUUACUUUCAACAUCUUGAUUCAUGGAUACUCUACACAGCUGAAAAUGGAGAACGCACUUGAGAUGUUGGAUGUUAUGUUGGACAAUGGCGUUGUUCCUGACGUGUAUACAUACAACUCUUUGUUGAAUGGUCUCUGCAAAACGUCAAAGUAUGAAGAUGUGAUGGAAACUUAUAAAACUAUGGUGGAGAAAGGUUGUGCUCCUAACUUAUUCACGUUUAAUAUACUUCUGGAGAGUCUAUGCAGAUACAAGAGACUAGAUGAAGCCUUGGGGUUGUUGGAGGAGAUGAAAAAGAAGAAUGUGAAUCCAGAUGCGGUCACGUUUGGAACGUUGAUCGAUGGGUUCUGCAAAAACGGAGACGUGGAUGGAGCAUACAAGUUAUUCCGGAAGAUGGAAGAGAUUCACAAGGUUUCAAGCUCAACGGCAACGUAUAACAUCAUCAUUCAUGCUUACACUGAGAAGUUAAAUGUUACCAUGGCUGAAAAGCUUUUCCAAGAGAUGGUUGAUCGUUGUCUUGCUCCUGAUGGAUACACAUACCGGCUUAUGAUUGAUGGUUAUUGCAAAACCGGUAAUGUCAGUUUGGGGUUUAAGUUUCUACUGGAGAUGAUGGAAGGUGGGAUUGUUCCAUCGCUCACAACACUUGGACGUGUGAUAAACUGUCUUUGUGUGGAGGAUAGAGUUUAUGAGGCUGCUGGUAUUAUUCACCGGAUGGUUCAGAAAGGGGUGGUCCCUGAGGCUGUGUACACUAUUUUUGAUGUUGACAAAAAGGAGGUUGCUGCUCCUAAGCUUGUUUUGGAGGAUCUGUUGAAGAAGAGCUGUAUUACAUAUUAUGCUUACGAACUUCUUUUUGAUGGUCUUAAAGAUAAAAGGCUACGCAAGAAAAAGGGUUACACAGUUGUAGCCAUGUGA